GUCUGCGUCUUCUUCCUGGACAUCGUCAUUGUCGUCGGGAUGCAGAUCUUUUUGGAGUCCAUCGGCCGGAAGCGGACAGGCCGGGAGAUCAUGUCCCAAAAGGCCAUGGCCAAUGCACUGGCCAAGGCCGCCACGGGUGGGCCCACGGGGGCCCCGAUUCCGGAGCCAAGUGCUUCAAGCACUCAACGGCUUUCUGUGCUCUCGCAGGAAGAGCUGUUGGCCCAGCUGCUGGCAGAGCACUGGGUGAAGAUCGUCAUAGGCCUUGGCCUCUCCAUUGCUUUUCGACUACCACAGCUGUUCCUGAGCGAGGACGGUGUCGUCUUCCACAUGCUUUUUACCCUGGUCAUGGUCCUGAGAUGUAUGUCGCCUGUCAUGCUCUGGUUCCGUGAUGAGAUGGGCUUGCCAAAGAAGAGCAAGGGUACCCCAGCCUUGACCUUGCUCCAAACGGGCCGCCGCGGCCAGAGAUAUCUCAACUUGGCACAGCAGGUCUGUGUGCUGGCAAGAUCGGUCAAGGUCCGGCGCAACGACGUGGCCAUCAGGUUGGGAACUGACGUGGUGUCAGCAGCUGCGAUUUUUAUGGUAUCUCUGCAGAUGGGUUGGAUGGGGCAGUGGCUGCGGCUGGGGUCACCCGCAUGCGUUGCUCUGGCGUCCGUUCUGCUCACAGACGCUGUGGCACAGGCUACUGAGGGUCUCAGGGCCGAGCGGAGGCGCAGCGAUGGCUGCUUUGAUGGGUUUGGACAGCCCAGCUUCCUGAUCCAGGAGCUCCACUGCAAGAACGUGGAUGACUGCGCUAAGCUGAGGCACGGUUGCGGGGCUCUUGGGAUUUGUCUGGACCUGAUAGACGGCUACGAUUGCAACUGUGAGAAUGGAUUCUACACGCGGCACUACGUGGACGGUGAGAUCGUCUGUGGCCCCGAGGGCAUCGACCAGGAUGUGUGCCAUGGGCAGACCUGUGGCGCUUAUGGGGUGUGUAUUGACCUGGUGGGCAAUGCCUCAGGCUACGAUUCUGCAAAGGGCACCUACCGCUGCGAGUGCACGGAUGGCUUCUUUGACAAUGGCAGAACGUGUGAGCGACAGGACUGCGGCAACAAAACCGACCGUCUGGGCACCUGGCUUGGAAGCACGAAGUUUGGCGGCGAGUACACGUUGAGGUGUCCUGCUGGCUCUUACAUCUGGGGCGGAGCUUUGCAGGAGGUGACCAUGUCCUGUGGCGCCUCAGGUGAAUGGCUGUCGAACUAUUGGUGCGUGAAUCCCAUGGACAAGGAAGCCCAGAACCGCAUGGCCACAAUGGAGCUUUGGUUCGAUGUGGCCUCUGUGUUGCUUUGCAUUGCCUCUGCAGCGCUGGCUGCUGGCCUCACCUUGGGCUUGGCCACAGUGGAGCCCUUUGGCUUGCAGGUGGUCCUCGCAGCGCGUCCCGAGGAUUGCACAUCCCUGGAGGAGAAGGCCAAGCUGAAAUCUGAGCAGGAUUUCGCCGUCCGCAUCUUCCCACUGGUGAAGGACCACCACCUGCUGCUGGUGACCCUGCUUCUCUUCAACACUGUGGCCAACGAGGCAUUGCCAGUCUUCUUGGACAGGCUGUUGCCUUCCUGGGCUGCUGUGUUGCUCUCUGUGAGCGUUGUCCUCAUCUGCGGUGAGAUUCUGCCCUCAGCUGUGUUCACUGGUCCAAACCAGUUUGCCAUCGCUUCGGCACUUGUACCUUUGGUGCAGAUCUUGGAGGUGGUGUUCUUCCCCGUGGCCCGGCCUAUCGCGAAUGUGCUGGACCAGAUGUUCAAGGAGGAGGUCCAUGCAGACGGCCCCAAGUACUCCAGGGCCGAACUCCGCGCGCUGCUUUUGCUCCAUGGCCCGGAUGAUGAAGAGCCCAGCAAGGAAAGUCACGAAAGCAAUGGGCAGUAUUGCAACUGCGCCAUGAGUGCAGAUGCGAAUGUGACGCCAAAGGUGCAGGAUCCGGAGGACGAGGUCAUCGCCAAGUCCGAGCUGCGCAUGCUGGACGGGGUCCUGAACCUGCGAGACCGCACUUUGUCCCAACUGCGCUGCUUCACGCCUCUGAAGCUCUGCCGCAUUGCCAGCGGCCAGGAGCAGGCCGUAGAUGUGGUGGCGCGCUGUGCUCUCAACGGUGGCGACCGCUGUGUGGUGGUCCUGCACGAUGGCUCCACAGCCGUACUGGGAGCUCCAACUUCGCCUGAUGGCGGAGGCGACAGCGACACCGACAUCGGGUCCCCAACCGCGGCCUCGCCGAAGCUCACCUUGCGUGUCUCCGCCGUGCGCGGGACCAUGCGCAUGCAGGAGAUGUUGAAGGGAGGUUCACAGAAGCUCGGCGACCUCUGCGGGGCGCCUGUUACGGUGUGCGAGGACGCUUCCCUCAUGGAGGUUUUAGCGAAGCUCCGGAGCCAUCGCUGCUCCAGCGGCAUUGUAGUCCGGUCCCUGGACGGCGCGGCAGACACGGUCCGUGGGGUGGUCCACAUCUCCCAGGUCUUGUCUUUCCUUAUGACUGCCAAAGAUUGCAGCCGGGAAGGCACCAAGGAUAUGUGGAGCCCCAGCGUGUCGCCAGGCCUUCGGCAAGUGGCGUCCAGUGCACAGAGGCGACAUCCCCUGGCCCGCGCGAGGUCCAACCUUGGUGGAGAUUCGGGCCUUGCUGGUACCAACACGCAGACGAUGACGAUGAUGCGCUUCCGCCGGACCUGGCACCACGAGGAUGCUCCGAAGCAGCAGCUGGAGCGCAGCCAUAGCAGGUAG